CUAUGUCCACUGUCCGCCUCUACAACAAAGCCUCCGCCAUAAUUUCCACCCCUAAAAUGUUGUCUUAGGCUUUCACCUGAUUUCAGCUGCUUCAACUUUUUCAGCUCUGAUGUCAAAUCCAUCUCACAGACUGUGUCUGUCCAAAUGUUUACAAAUGCAAUCCCCCUAUUCCAUGGUUUAUGGAUGAGAGCUCGGGUCUGAAUGGGGUUGUUGGAUGAGAGCUCGCGGUCUGAAUGGGGUUGUUCAAUUUGUGCUGUACCCUAAAAUGGAGCCCUGUCUGUAUUCUGUAAAUAUUUGACAUGUUUCCUGUUGAUUCUGUGACAGUGUAGAUUGUGGUUGCAAACAUCAUAGGAAGCACUGUGACUACUAAUCAGAGGAUCCAAGCCAAUAUGACUUCAUCAAUAUUUUGAUUAGGUUUUAUUUUUAUAUAGGUGUGGAAAUUGCCUUGAAGACAGGUAAAUCAUAAUGUUCUCCUUCUAUAUAGUUUUAUUAUGUCCUCUUGUAGAAUAUAAGUGUUUUUCCUCCUAUAAUGCUGAAGUGUCUCAUUAACCAACAUUUACAUGCCCACAUUGUUUCUUUUCUGUUAACACAAGAUGGCAGUGAAGAACAGUCUUUUCACUACCACCACUAGCCUAUACUGUAGGUCCUUGAGAUGAUGCGUAUGUCAGGAUUAGGUGCCAGCCUUGUUUUGAUAGCCAAUUAAAUCUAAUCAAUAUUUGUUCAGAUAUUUCACCCUGAUUUGAUAGGAAUAUGUGGCUGACUCGCUCCUCUAUAACUUCAGUACUUCAGUGGUAACCCAAGUCUAUAUUGUCACUGUCAGUGUAAAAAGGCUUUGAUAUUUCCCUAAUUUGUUACCUUGGUGUUUCUCCUCUCGGAGGCAAAGCUGUGUCUGUGUGACCGAUAACGAUUCAGAGUGGAAACGUCAACAACAUCCCUAUUUAUACAACCACGCGACAAUGUGCUGCCACGGCUACAUGAGACUGCCUGCCAUAUCAACCUUUAUGGGAUGAUGAAAACUGGAUGCUGUUAUGAGUGUUUUGUUUUCCACAGCACGCUGGUGGGGGUGGGUGAUGUCAUCUCCCAGCAGGUGCUUGAGAGGCGGGGUCUGGCCAAUCACAACGUGACACGGACGGCCAAGAUGAUGAGCAUCGGAUUCUUCUUCGUCGGCCCUGCAAUAGGUAGCUGGUACAAGGUUCUGGACAAGCUGGUCACUGGGGGGACUAAAAGUGCUGCCAUGAAGAAAAUGCUUGUUGAUCAGUUGGGCUUUGCACCGUGUUUCCUGGGUGCCUUCCUGGGGAUCUCUGGAACCUUGAAUGGACUGACUGUGGAGGAGAACGUUGCCAAGCUCAAGAGGGACUACACAGAUGCCUUGAUCUCAAAUUACUAUCUAUGGCCUGCAGUCCAGAUUGCAAACUUCUAUUUUAUCCCACUGCACCAUCGAUUGGCUGUGGUCCAGAUUGUAGCUAUCGGCUGGAAUUCCUACUUGUCCUGGAAAGCCAAUAAGAUGUGAUGGAUAUUUCAGGACCCGCCCUACCUCACACAUAUAGGACUAUCAAUGAGACUUUUACACCUGCAAAUAGUGUGAUACACUGAAUCCAGAAAGCUGUGAAUCGCACACUUAAGUUAGCGGUCAGGAAAAAAAUUGUUAACAAACACUAUGAAAUAUUCAAACUUUAAAAAGAAGAAAUUAAGAAACUUGAAACUCAAACUUUUGCAUAGUGAAAGAUUUUUGUGAAAGUUUGUCACAUCUACAAGACUGGUCAAAAGUUUGGACACACCUACUCAUUCAAGGGUUUUUCUUUAUUUGUACUAUUUUCUACAUUGUAGAAUAAUAUGAAAUAUGACAUAUGGAAUCA